GUCUGCUAUCUAAUCUUACUGCAAUUACGCUUGUACGCUCUGGGAACAACCCGAACAGCUUCUGUUUUUCUGAUAACAAAAAUAUUCGUUUUUUUGGACUAUAUAAGAUGCCUGUUGGCAUUGAUUUUGCAUCACAGUCUGUUUUUGGAGGCACACGUUAAAAAUGAAAUCAGUCAUAGUUUUUAUAUUGGUGUUGGGUUCAGUUUUGGCUGCACCACCGACUAGGGUGAUAGGCGCCAAGCCACAAGUCGAUCCAUAUGCUCACAUAUUUGCCCAGGUCAGACCAGCGGGACAGAAACAUGAAGAAAUCCACAAUCAUUUUUCGAUUGAGUACAAUGCAGAGCAGCCCGAAACUCAACUUAUUGAACUGGAAAUCAAGCCUUCGGAAGAACAGAAGCAUUCCCAGCUUAUUGAAUUGAACUUAACUGCUGAUGAUGAUCGCAAGCUGUCAAAUGGCAUUGGUCUAGAAAUUGUUCAACACGAACACCAAAAUCAUGUGGAAAUCAAGAAACCCGAACACCAUCAUGUUGAGUUGGACAUUAUCCCAUCCGAUGUACACGCCCACUCCGAACGUCUCGAAUUGGAAUUGACUGCUGAUAAGCGACCAUCACAGGAAAUUGCAUCUGAAGUUGUUCAACAUCCUCAGGCCCAAAAUCAUCACAUAGUUGACAUUGAAAUUAAGGAACCAGAAUAUCAUCACGUUGAACUGGAUAUCAACCCAUCCGAGGUACACGCCUUGACUGCUGAUAGGCUGCCGUCAAUAGAAAUUGUUCAACAUAAGCCAGUUCAACAUAUGCCUCAGCCGUUGCACUUGGUUCAAGCGCAUAUUUAGUCAGAGAAAAAAGCAAAAGUAGCAUCAGAAUAUGUGUAUACAUAG